AUGGAAACCACAGAGGGAACAUUGUUCACAUCAGGACAGAAAAUCAAUCCAAUGACCGAGUGGAGAUUACUCCUUCAGCUCUUCAUGGGGCUCGUUCUCUUUGUGACAGGUGAAGGUGCAUCCUGUCCAAUCGAGUUCAGCCCCUCCAAGGUUGUGGUGAAAUAUGGAGACCCCGUCUCAGUGAACUGUACCUCAACAGUUAGUAAUCUCGACGGAUUAGGUUGGGAGGCUUCGCAAGGAGGCAUCGGCCUCACAAACGUUACAUCUUUGACGUGGACUGUUGAGAGUUUAAUGCAGUGGAACAUAAAUCCCUUCUGCUUUUUUAGUGAUUUGGAUGGACGUCAGUGUCAAAAAAGGCCUGAACUUGUUAUAUAUAGUUUCCCAGAAUCCAUCAGCAUCAGCUCCAGCAGUACUUCAGAAAUGACAGAAGGGAAUCCAUAUGACUUAGUAUGUAACAUUUUGAACGUUGCACCAAUUAACAAACUCAUUAUGACGUGGUACAAAGAAGAAACCGUGAUUAAGGUAGAAGACUUUCAUUUGCACAUGGAUGGAAAUGCGCCCAAAAAUGUAUCAAUUGGGCCUGACAUUGAAUGUUCUACCAUCGAGUUACAUGAAGGGGAAACCUUGGAGGACACAUGUAGAGUGACAGGAAAUCCCACCCCGCAUGUCGAGUGGCUGAAAGAGGGACGCCUCAUAAACUUGACCGUCCCUUUGAGAAGAAAUGACACAGGAAUGUUCCUGGUCAAAGCUGAGGGAAGAACCUUACAGGAGAAGACCAUCCAGGUUGAUGUGUUGUAUGGACCAGAGUGGAUUUGUCCUCAGACAUUCACCAUACUAGAAAACUCUAAUAACAACCUCGCAUGCUCUCUGGGCUUUCCUAAACCCGAGGAAAUCUGGUUCAAAGAUAAUGAGCAGGUGGAACUUCCUCAGGUCCUGACAAGAAGAAAUGCAGGGCACUACCAGGUCAUAGUUUCCAGCGCCCUGUCAGUUUCCAAAACAAUCCCAUUGGACAUUAAUGUUUUGUACCCACCGUCAAAGAUUUUUGAGCUUGAAGAUGCUGAAGUGGAUGUUGGUGGAAAUUUGAGGCUGAAGUGCUCCUCUGUAUCUAACCCCAAACCAAACUACUACUGGCACUACUAUCAGGCAGGCAAUUUGAUUGAGGAAACUGAAGAUGGAGUGUCUUGUCUAAUCAUCCUCAACGCCACUGAGCUGAACACGGGCUUCUACACAUGUCAAGCCUGGACGGAGCAAGGAAGAAACCGAGUUUCUUCGUCCAUGGAGGAUUUCAGCGGUGCUCGUCUGGUGCUUUUCAUUUUAACGCUGCUGUCGCUUUCUAACGGGACAAAGUCGAGUGCAGAACUGGAAUGCCCUGUUGAAAUAUCUCCAAAGGAGGUGGUGUUGCAGUACCAAAGCAGCUGGCAGGCUGUACAGUGCAAACCCAAAACCAGUGAAGAAAAUGUUGGGGAAAUCUACUGGAUGACUGGGAAAGGCACUAAAAUAGUGAACACCAAUUGGUUUGCUGACACCCACAGAGACUGGGACCCUCAGCCUGUUUGUCAUGGAGUGUUUACCGGGAUAGGAAACUGCUCUAAAGCUUUACCCUACACUCUCUACAAAACUCCAGAAAGCGUAUCCAUCCAGGUCAUGGAUAACUCAAGGCUACCUGUGGAAGGCACCGAAGUGCAGUUGCGGUGUGACAUCAUCAGCGUGGCCCCUGCCCAGAACCUCGCGGUGUGGUGGACGUUUUAUCAAGGGAACAAAACCAUUGAGCCAUUAGGUAACGCAACCUGCGACUUCAGUCCAAACAGCUCUAACAGAUCUCCGGUAAACGUGUCGUGCACCAUGAACAUCACUCUGGAGAGGUUUCACAAUGGAAUCGAGGUCAGAUGUGAGGCUGAGUUGAACCUGGGACCGGAAGGACCACAGCCUCCAAACAUGACGUCCAGCGCCUUAAACAUCCUUGUGCUCUAUGAACCUAAAAUUAAUACCACAAAGCUUCCAGAGACGGUCCUGGUGUUCAGAGAUUCUCCUGAGGAGCUCGUUUGUGAGGCCGAUGGUAACCCUCGUCCGACAAUCCACUGGGAGUACACUUCCAAAACAGCGAUCCUUAAAUCUGAGGGGAAGCUCGUGGUGGACGACGCAGGCUUCUACAAGUGCAACGCUACCAAUGAGUUUAAGACCGUAAUACAAGAGGUUAAAGUUAUUUUAAUAGAGGACUACCUCCCCCUCAUUGCUGGGUUUGUGGCUCUCACAGUGGUGAUCAUCUCCAUCGUCUUCCUCUUCAUCUACUCCAUCUACUACAAGAACACCAGGAUGCGCCGCUACAGCUUUAAAAACCCCAAGUUCAGCAGUCAGAAUGGCAACGUGGCUAACAACGGAUGGGACACCCAGUUACCUUGUAUUUCCUCUUUCAAAGAAACUGUGCUACAAACCACAAUGUGGUUCUUCAUAUUCAUCUUAAUUCCGCUCUCAGGAAAUCCUGUGAGUGCUUGUGAAAUAAAGUUCAGUCCUCCGGUAGUUGUGGUGAAGUUCGGAGGUUCUCUAUCGGCCACCUGCAGCUUGUCCUCCUGCACCAAUGUGGUGGGAAUGGGUUGGGAGACCACAUAUAGCGCAGGAGGCAUGCAAAGCAACGUCUCUUCUAUUCAGCUUAACAUAACUGAAGUGAAGGACUGGCAUCCACAACCACAGUGUUAUGUCACGUUCUCUGAUGACCAGGACCAACAACUUCGAAAGCUACCAAUCAUCGUUUACAAAACGCCAACCCAUGUGCUCUUCAAUCAAAUUCACUGGGGUCCCAUGGUGGAGGGUCAGCCGUAUGACUUGCAGUGUGAUGUUUUUAAUGUUAUACCAACUGCCUACCUGUCUGUGCGUUGGCACAAAGGAAACGAGAUAUUAAGUGAAGAGUACAAUUUUUCUUCAUAUUCAAAUGUCACAUGGGCGACUCGCCUGACACCCCACAGAGAUGAUGAUGGAAGUGAGAUAUGGUGUGACGCGAUCGUGCGCUUGUUGCCAACAGGACUCGAGCCACAGCCUCCUGCAGUUCAGUCAGAGAGGCGUAAAUUAACAGUCAAAUACCCACCAACCUUCGCCGAGCCUGAGAAUGAGACUCUGGAAGUUACGUCUGAUACGAAUAAAACUUUAAACUGCAAGGCUGCUGGAAACCCAAGUCCAUCAUACGUCUGGCGUUUUGCACACUCCUCACAAGAAAAGAUGCUGAAUCAAAUCGGGAACGGGUCCGUUUUGGAUCAGGAGGUUCUGCUGUCGGGGAUCUACAGCUGCACAGCCUCCAACGACCUCGGCCAAACGACCAAAUACAUCACCGUGACUGAAGCCAAAGGGGAUCGAACCACUUUCGCAGCCAUCCUGGGAGGAUUUCUUUGCCUGGGUGUCGCGCUCUUCAUUGCUGGAUUUGUUUUUGCUCAACCAAACGGAAAGUUUUCUUUCCCCAAAGGACAUUGUGUGUCGGGUGAAGGUUGCUCCCUGGUCCUCAAGCCCUCCAGGGUGGUGGUGGGCUUUGGGGAGUCGGUGUCGGUCGUCUGUGAAGCUACGCGCCCGGUUCGUGUUCUGGGCUGGGAGUCGGCCCUCAGUGCUCCACAGACCCAUGAGGACCGCUCCGUCCAGUGGAAAGUGGACAGCCUGAUCGACUGGAUUGAGGAGCCCAUCUGCUACGGGGUGUUUUUCACAGCUCCAAGACAGUGUGAGGAAAAACUCAACCUUGUCCUUUACAAAACUCCGGACAGCGUUUCCAUCAGGCCGGUGAACAACACUGGCCCCAUGGUGGAGGGGAAAGAAUACCAGCUGCUCUGUGAGGUUCAGAAUAUUGCUCCUGUUCAGUUUCUCACCCUGAGGUGGUACAGAGGGCAAACCGAGGUGUACAAACACUCCUUCUCUGACCUCACAUCUUCCUCGCCUGUCCAAGUGUCCUCCACUCUUGUCAUCACGCCAACCAAAGCCGAGAAUGACGCAGAGUAUAAGUGUGUAGCAGAGCUGGAGCUCGGACCAGAGGGACCACAGCCACCGCCUGCUGUGGCCUCGGAGCCUCUCACUGCAUCCGUGUACUGUUCGCCAACAUUUUUUAAUCCUGAAACAGAGGUUUUGGAAGUAACACACGGUGAAGAAAUCACCUUAAACUGCACAGCUGCAGGAAAUCCUGCACCUGUGUACAGCUGGCAAUCCUCCCAUCUUAUACAGGAGAAAAUGAAGGAGGAAGCGGUUAUUAUUUCCUCCUCAUUGCUCCCAGGAACUUACACCUGCACUGUCUCUAACAUGCUGGAAAAGAAGAGCAAACAGUUCAUUGUCAAAGCAAAGAUCAAAGCAGUUUGAGGUCCGCUAACUUGAGAAGAAUCAGCAGGAAGAGCUUCAAUGUGCAGAUUUUACUGUUGCUGCCUCAAAGAAGGAAAGACAUUCAAUAUUCAGUGGAUGUUUUGAUGGAUCUUAUCAAGUGUUGGGAGAACAAAUGAACUGCAGAUGUUGUGUUGGUAACCGUGAUUUAAUAUGUGAAAGUUUGUUUAGGCAAUAAUUUACUUUUUUACACUUUCGAUGUGAUGAUCGUUCU